AUGGUCGGACCUCAUGCAGGCAAGAGAGCUCCUGCAUAUCAACCAUUCCAAUGCCCGCAAUGCCUGAACCGGUUUACGCGGCACGAAAACCUCAAACGCCACACUGCUCUCCAUUCUCGUUCCCAGGCUGAGGCCUCAGUCCCCUGCGAGUUAUGUCCAGCUACCUUCUCUCGCCCAGAUUUACGACAUCGCCAUAUGAAAAGGAAACAUCCCGAACAUGAGCAUGAAUGGAUCAGCAAAAGCACAAGACGCAGGUCUCCAACACAUGAUAAUGAUGCAUGGGCUACGGUAGAUGAAAGAGUGAACUCCUCAUCACCUCCAGAUGCCCAGGAGGAUUGCUUUUUCAGUGACAGGGGGAAUAAGGUAGAUUUGGGAAAAGAAAAAGUGACCUGGGAAGUACGCCGGCAAUCUCAGACCGACUUUGGCCAUCCCAUAGAGAGAACAAACAACUAUGUCGAUACAACAACAAAGACUGGACAGAUCCCUCUUGGAUCUAUCAUGGAUGACAUGAACUCCAUUGAUAGGAUCGUACAGGAUGCGACGGAUCUAGAACGGAGCCUCUUGCUGGAAACAUCCCUGUUCACAUCUGGGGGCCCGACCACAACCUUGCACCCAGAGGACAUUUGUCCUUCAACAUCAUAUGGCCCUAGUUUGGCUAAUCUCAACAUGAAUUCAAAAAUUCCUGACACGCUGCUGUUAAGUGCCGUUACUCCACCCCGUGAGGAUUGGUCUCCAUCUGCAUUGCAGAUCAACCAUGGUUGUGAUCUGUUUUUCCGCCAUGUCUCCCCUUUCGUCCCCUUCAUUCAUCAUCCCACAUUCGACACAAACUCCGCCCCUCACAAUUUGCUUGUCAGUAUGCUAUCUAUCUCCUACCAUUAUGGCGAGGAUCCAGAAUGUGUUGGGCAAGAAGGUUCGGGGGUGGACUUAUCACGACGAUGCUUUCACAGAGCACGGGGCCUUCUCGCCUUGUCAGAGGACAAUACCCACGCUUUUUCAGAUAAUGUCACCAUGGUGCAGUCAUACUUGCUUCUUCAAAUAUGUGCUAUGAUGUAUCUAUGUGGUAACGACUCUGCAUAUGGGCUCAAAAUGCAUUCGAAUAUGAUUUCCCUAGCUCGCACUAGUGGCAUGAUGCAACCAAUGCCUGCACAAUCAACAGUAACUGAAGAUCUGGAGUCAUUAUGGCGCCAAUUUGUGAAAGCAGAGUCGCAUAAACGGACUUUAUUCGCUCUACACCAAAUCGAUGCGCUGUGGUAUCAAUUUCUUUCUAUUCCCCGCUCCAUUUCCCACCUGGAAAUCAAGCAUGAAUUACCCUCUCCACGAGAGAUUUGGAAUGCGAGUUCUUCGUCAGAGUGGGCACAUAGACGCCUAGUGUCAAACAGCACCGGUCCCUCCGUUCAAUAUGCAGAUGCCGUUCGCCGCUUUCUCUCCCCUGAUGCGGAUAUCAACUCCAUUCCGCCGUUUGAUCCAUAUGGAGCAAUUAACAUUGCCCAAUUCUUGAUUUCAAGCGCCCGCGAAAUAUCCGGCUGGUCGACGAUGACAGGGAUCAUUAGUAUGGAAAGGUUUGGUGCCUUGAGAUCCUCCCUGAUCGCCCUUGGCCCCUUCAUCUGCCCCGAGCGCAAUUCGUCUACUAGCGCCCCAAGCGGAGCAUCCUGGGCUACGUGGCAGACUGCUAUGAUUGAGUUGCAGAUGUGGUCGCCGUCACAUACGGGAGGGAUUAUAGAGGGAAGCAUCGAUGCAUUGUUGACACAAUCGACCUCUCUCGCCCCAACGUUCGACUUUCUCUGCGAUGCCGGCACCGCGAGCUCUAUCCAGCCACAUAUUAACUGGUUUCUUUGCUACCUGGAUGAAAUACCUACACCACAAUCAGAAGCCCCGUGGAUUUUGCUAUACGCUUAUAAGGCCUUUUUGAUUGCUUGGCAACUCGUGCGUGGGAAAAUUCCUGGUGCAAUGUGUGCCGUUGGGGUCGCUGAUGGGGAUGAGCAUGCAGCUCUAGCUUGGGCAAGAAAGGUUUUCGAACGCAGACGGCAGUUGCAGCUUGUAAAGCUUAUAACGUCGUGUCUUGCCAAUCUAAAUAAGCACUGA